AUGCCGUCUAGUUUGAGACAUCUAUUUGCAACUAUAUUGGUUUAUUGUAAUCCAACCAAUCCGAGAGAGCUUUGGGAACGUUUUGAGCAAGAUAUGUCAGUUAAUUUUAAGUCAAUUGAAGAUUCUAUGUUCAAUGUAAAAAUGCAAGUUUUGUGCUCAAUCUCUUUUACACCUGAAUCAAUAGAGAAAGACAUUAAUUCAUUCCAUCUUCUUGAUGACAACAUUUGUUUCAAUGAAAACCAAUUCGAUUUUAGGGAAAUCGAUGAUGAAUUGACUAUUGAAAUUUCAGAAAAAGAUAUUACUGCAUCAAAAUCCUUUAAUAGUGAACAACGACAUGUCUAUAAUUCAGUUUUGGCAAAGGUUUUUUCAAAUAGAGCUACUCCAUUCUUUGUUGAUGGCCCUGGUGGGACAGGAAAGACAUUCCUGUACAAGACACUUCUCACCGCAGUAAGAUCAAGAAAGUUAGUGGCACUUGCAACUGUUUCAUCUGGUGUUGCUGCAUUUAUCCUUCUUGAAGGUCGAACAGCGCUUUAA